CUAGGCUGUUGCAGCUGCAGCCGCCAGCUUGACCAUCCAGGUCACUGUAUAAAUAAAGAGUUACCCGGUGUACAGAGUGCCCCAGCAAUACCUUGGUCAGACAUUAAUCAGUCCUCCCAUCAUUCUGUCGACGUUAACUGGUUGCUCUGCAUGUAUCUGGGGAUCCACGACAGGUAUCACACCGGAAUGGACAGGGGAUCUCAUCAUAAGCACGAGCAGCAGCUAAGCACCACCACCUGUGGUAGUGGUGAUAGUGUCAUUGAAAGUAGGCAUGCCAGCCUCACCGUCGUAUAAGGCAAUGUAAAUAUAACAGGGCGCUAGGGUAUAACUCCUUCGGUCUCCUCAAUAGCAACACGGACCAUCGUAUCUGUGCUCUUUUAACCAGCCUGUAGACUAAACGCCGUCAUCUCGCUUGUCCAUUGCCAUGAACUCAGAAGUAUACCACUCGAGCGCCUGUCCUCUCAGACGUGGCUUGGACAUUGAUGCGGGAGGUACGUCUUUGAGCGAGCCAAAACUCACGGGAUGGGCUGUCAGAGAUCGCCGCAGCAGUGAUCUCAUAGACCUGCUCAAACCAUUCUUUACCAGGCCAACAUAGAUCAAGGAGUAAGUGACUGCUGGAUAGUGAUAUCACGACCCUUUUGCGGCUGUAUAUGCCCGUGUAUGCGAAUAUUAGGUGCGUCUUUGUCGAACUAGACAGGCCCUCCACGGCACUAGAAGAGCGGCCCCUAGAAGCAGAGCAGAUAAAGCAAAAGACGCCUGUUGAGUUGAUGGACUCUGACUGGAUCGCCAAAAUAGGGUGUUUGGCCCCUUUUCCAAGGCAAAAGAGUUGCCAUAACUAUCCCGCACACCGAAAGGUGAUACUUAGUAAACCGAGAUUGCUUCCCCAGGACCUCACCUUCAACGCCGCAGCCAGGCCAGGUAACUUGUCCCAGCAAUGGAUGACCAUCUGGGUCGAAUAAAUCUGCGACCAUGUAUCGACCCAGGGAUGGCCCAUCGAAAUGCUCACAUAGAUGCGUAGGUCAGUAAAGGGAUCCCACCCCAGGCAGAGUAGCCAGAAACAAAGCAUCAACCCAGUGGUAUUUCCUUUCCGAUAGAUUGUAAAAGCAGAUGCCGAGCGGACGGAGAUAGCCUUAAUUCUGUCAAUAGAGUCGUCUCCUCCAGGAAGCUCUAACACACAACUCCUCCAGCAGAAGGGACAAGCUGCUAAUAAACCAAGCGGUAAUAGGCGAUGCUAGAGUCUAGUUGAUAUAUUAUGCAAGAGACAGACACACCCCUGCUAACAUCCAACAGAGGACUCUUUAUCCUGUAAACCAGUGGUAUCUUAUAAAGCUGAAGCCCAGUCGAUAUAUUGCGCCAGAAACAGACGCACCCCACUAGCUAACAUCCAACAGA